UGUCAUACAGUCAGUUCAAAUUGAACAAUCGAAGUGUUAACAAUGUUUUCAAAAAAUCAAAUUAAUACAUUCAAGAGCAAAGCGUUUCAUAAAUUCAAACAGCAGGUCAAUGCCAUGAACCAUGCUCUAUUAGAAUUGUCGGUGAAAAUUAAACCUGAUGAAGAUAUCAUAAGGGAAAGUUCAAGUUACGCCCAAAAAAUCGCCGAGAUAUUGAAAGUGAAAAGCGUCUACAAAAUCGACCGAUUUUUCUUUGCCGGAAGUUUCGGGAAAAGAACGAACACUAUCCAAUCGGAUGUUGAUUGCGUUUACUUCAUCAACGGCCACCUGCCUCCAUUUGAAGGAAUUUUAAGGGAAUUUUACGAUAUUUGCAAUCAGGCUUCAGUAAAAAAAUCGUUCAACUCGUUCGAAAUCAACCUGAAUAAAAAAUCGAUCAAUUUUGAGAUUAAUGGCCGCGAAAUGGUUUUAGCCACUAACUUCGCGAUGGAUUUCAAGAAGCAUCGUUCGAAACGUCAUCAUCAGCAAAUGGGAGUGCUUGAACAAAUCAAGCUAAAUCCAGCCAAAAAUUGUUACCAGUACAGCAGUGCACUAGCUGAAUCUACGCUUUUUUUCAUGAAAUCACGAGUAAGUUUUGCCAACGAGAUGGCACGCAUUUCCAAGUGUUGGUUCCAAGCGAUCGGAAGAGACUUCCAUAUUUCUGGAGCAAGCACUUUCAUCGAAUUGGUGGCCGUGUAUGCUGCCCGAAAAAACAUGCCAUACUUAAAGGCGUUCAUUCGUUUUCUGGAGGAGCUCAUGAACUUUGAAAAACUAGACGUAUCCUUCAAUAGUUUCCGUGCCAUUUCCAAGGAUCAUAAACUCGCUAAUCAUGCAUUGCCUCGGGUCAUCGAUCCAGUAAAUCCGUACCACAAUUUCGCUGGAUAUUGGUGUGAUAAAGUCGAUGACAUUCAAGCUCUAAAAAGAAGUGCUGCUUUUACAAUGGAACGAAUCCAGCAGUUAGUUCUGGAUCAGCGCGUCACUGAUAAUGAAGAUUUGGUUAAGAGUCUUCUUCAUCAACCAAAUCGCGUCUAAGGCGUUACAUUUUGUAGCGUUCAGAAUGUGAACAUUGUGCCUUCAGAAAGUGGAUAAUGUGCCUUCAAACUGAAGAAUGCACUUACAUCUCCACAGCAUUAAGUCAAGGCUGCAUACUACUUGCAUUCCUUGAUUAGAUUAUUGAUAGAAUUGUGUCAGCCAAAUGGGGAACU